AUGUCAACAUCGACAUCAGCCAAUCAAAAACAACAAGCUGGUCAAAUUCCCAUUGACCAACAGAACCAGCAACCUGGUCAAGGCAACAAUCAGCAGAACCAGCAACCUGGUCAAGGCAACAACCAGCAGAACCAGCAACCUGCUCAAGGCAAUAAUCAACAGCAACAACAACCUGGCCAAGGUGCUAAUUCACAGAACCAACAACAACCUGGCCAAAGUCUUAAUGCACAGAACCAACAACAACCUGGUCAAGGUCUUAAUUCACAGAACCAACAACAACCUGGCCAAGGUCUUAAUGCACAGAACCAACAACAACCUGGCCAAGGCAACAACCAACAGCAACAACAACCUGGCCAAGGCAACAAUCAACAGCAACAACAGCCUGGCCAAGGCAACAACCAACAGCAACAACAACCUGGCCAAGGUCUUACUGGUCAGAACCAACAACAACCUGGCCAAGGCAACAACCAACAGCAACAACAACCUGGCCAAGGUCUUAAUUCACAGAACCAACAACAACCUGGCCAAGGUCUUAAUUCACAGAACCAACAACAACCUGGCCAAGGUCUUAAUUCACAGAACCAACAACAACCUGGCCAAGGUCUUAAUUCACAGAACCAACAACAGCCUGCCCAAGGCAACAACCAACAGCAACAACAGCCUGGCCAAGGUCUUAAUUCACAGAACCAACAACAACCUGGCCAAGGUCUUAACUCACAGAACGAACAACAGCCUGGCCAAGGUCUUAAUUCACAGAACCAACAACAACCUGGCCAAGGUCUUAAUUCACAGAACCAACAACAACCUGGCCAAGGUCUUAAUGCACAGAACCAACAACAACCUGGCCAAGGUCUUAAUUCACAGAACCAACAACAACCUGGCCAAGGUCUUAAUGCACAGAACCAACAACAACCUGGCCAAGGUCUUAAUUCACAGAACCAAGAACAGCCUGCCCAAGGCAACAACCAACAGCAACAACAGCCUGGCCAAGGUCUUAAUUCACAGAACCAACAACAACCUGGUCAAGGUCUUAAUUCACAGAACCAACAACAACCUGGCCAAGGUCUUAAUUCACAGAACCAACAACAGCCUGGCCAAGGUCUUAAUUCACAGAACCAACAACAACCUGGCCAAGGUCUUAAUGCACAGAAUCAACAGCAACCUGGUCAAGGCAACAACCAACAGCAACAACAACCUAGUCAAGGCAACAACCAACAGCAACAACAACCUGGCCAAGGCAACAAGCAACAGCAACAACUACCUGGCCAAGGCGACAAUCAACAGCAACAACAGCCUGGCCAAGGUCUUAAUGCACAGAACCAACAACAGCAACCUGGCCAAGGUCUUAAUACACAGAACCAACAGCAACCUGACCAAGGCAACAACCAACAGCAACAACAACCUGGCCAAGGCAACAAUCAACAGCAAGAACAGCCUGGCCAAGGUCUUAAUGCACAGAACCAACAACAACCUGGCCAAGGAGGUAAUGCUCAAAAACAGCAACAAGGUCAAGGUGCUAAUGCUCAGCCACAACAACAAGGUGGUCAGAACGAUAACAAUCAACAACAACAGGAUCAAGGUGCCAAUCACCAGCAAAAUCCACAGCAACAAGCUGGUCAAGCCGGUUGUGCACAGCAAUAUCAGCGAGCGGGUCAGGAUACAAGUGGACAACAGCAACAAUAUCCCCGCAUUAUACACUAA